CUUGAACAAAUUCCAACUUUGAAAUCACAAACUAUCUUGUCGCAGCAACAUAUUGAUCAAAUGCGAUCAUUUUGCGACGCUACAUUUUGCUCUUGGCUGCCAGUAAUAAUUACGCCCGAUUCGAUACAGAAAACUAAGUUGAGCUCAAGGUAUGCGAUUAAGCAUUCAUGACGGAUGAUUUCGACGUAUCUGGACAAGUAGUCCUCAUCACUGGUGGUGGCGGCGGCGUAGGACGCUUAUUGGCCUUAAAUUUUGCCAAGUUGAACGCAAACAUUAUAAUUUGGGACAUCAAUCAAGAGGCUAUUAAAGCUACAAUAGAUCUUUUGAAUCAAAAUGGAUUUCAAUCAAUUAAGGGCUAUGUUGUCGAUAUAUCAGACAGAGAGCAGGUGUAUCAAAGAGCAGCACAAACUAUGACCGAAGUAGGUCAGGUAGACAUACUAAUUAAUAAUGCUGGCAUUGUAUGCUGCCGACCAUUUUGGGAUCUGCCCGAUAGUGUCAUACAAAAGACUUACAACAUAAACAUCAUAUCACAUUACUGGACAGUCAAAGCCUUUCUGCCAAAUAUGAUGAGGAGAAAUUCGGGUCAUAUAGUAACUGUGGGCUCCGUUACGGGUAUGUUAGGCACGUACGGUUGCACAGAUUACAGCGCCACAAAAUUCGCAUGCAUUGGUUUCCAUGAAAGUCUAUUAACCGAUUUAAAGACUCAUGGUUAUAACGAUAUACAAAUGACACUAAUAUGCCCGUAUUACAUUAACACUGGUAUGUUCUCUGGCGUUAAACCGAGACUCUUUCCCAUGCUGGAGCCGCAGUAUGUAUCUGAUGAAAUUGUUAAAGCCGUGCGUAGGAAUGAAGUUUGGUGUGUUAUGCCCAAAUCAAUACGAACACUAACACCGCUAAAGUGCCUUCUUCCCGCUAAAAUGUGUUGGGAAUUAAUGGCAAGAGUAAUACGUGGACCCGAUUCAAUGAGACUGUACCAAGGACGUGGAAAAGUAGCUGCUGGUUAAAAUUUAAAAAUUGGUGUAUAUAUAAUGUGAAGUAUAUAUUAACGUUUUAUAAACUAAAAAAAAAUUGCUUAUAAUUUAUUUUUAUCGUAUCCAAAAUAAAAGAUCAAAACUGUUUCCGGA